AUGGUGGUCCCGCCCUGGGCAAAUCAAACAGCCGUGGUGGAGUUUGUGCUCAGAGGAUUUUCUUCCAUCCGGCAGCUAAAUAUUUUCCUCUUUAUGAUGUUUUUAGUUUUCUUCAUCUUAAUUGUUUCUGGAAACAUCCUCAUCAUUCUGCUAGUUUUGUUCAACUACCACCUCCACACCCCCAUGUACUUCUUCCUGGUGAACUUGUCCUUUCUGGAGAUCUGGUAUACCACCAACAUCAUCCCCAAGAUGUUGCUGAUUAUCAUAGCUGAACAGAACACCAUCUCUGUGGCUGGGUGCCUGGCACAAUUCUAUUUCUUUGGGUCCCUGGCUGCCACCGAGUGUCUCUUGCUUGCUGUGAUGUCCUAUGACCGCUACCUGGCCAUCUGUCAGCCUCUCCACUAUCCCAUCCUCAUGACUGGCCCCCUCUGCGCUCGGCUGGUGGCCAGCUCUUGGUUCUGCUGCUUCCUCCUGACAGCAAUCACGAUGGCCCUGCUGUCUCGACUGCCCUUCUGUGGACCCAAUGAAAUCGAUCACUUCUUUUGUGACUUUACUCCUCUCGUUCGUCUCUCCUGCACGGACACCUCACUGACCGAGACCAUUGCUUAUGCCACCUCUUCUGCAGUGACUCUGGUCCCAUUUCUCCUCAUCACAGCUUCUUACUCCUGCAUUCUUGCUGCUGUCCUAAGAAUCCCAUCUGGCACAGGCCGGCAGAAGGCCUUCUCCACCUGCUCCUCCCACCUCACCUCAGUCACGGUGUUUUAUGGGACACUGAUGGCCACCUACCUUGUGCCCUCAGCCAAUUCACCCCAACUCUUGCGCAAAGGGUCCUCUCUGCUCUACACCAUCCUAACGCCCAUGUUCAAUCCCAUCAUCUACAGCCUGAGAAACAGAGACAUUCACGAAGCCCUGAAGAACUGCUUAAGGAAGAGGCCAGGUUUCCUCAGAUAA